UAAUUUUAGAUUACUAUCCCAGUCAUAAUCGGGCGGGCGAUUCAAGCAAUUUGAAUGAACAAAUGGAGCGUUAUCCUGGAAUCAGGAACGGAAGACCAAAGAAUCCAGAUUAUUCCUUGAUGAAAGAAAGACUUGUGACAUUCGAAGACUGGUCAAGACAUGGGAUAGCUAUUGAAGGCCUGGCGAAGGCGGGAUUUUACGCAACAGGAAACCAAGAUUCUGUUAGAUGUUUUUAUUGUGGUGGUGGGGUGAAAGACUGGCAACAAAGUGAUGAUCCUUGGAUACAGCAUGCGACCGUCUUCCCACAUUGUGAAUAUGUAAAACUAUGUAUGGGAGAAGAUUUCAUAAACAGAGCAGCAAACAUGAACGAAAUGGAUACACAGGAAUUAACUAGAAGAUUAGCACUGACAGAAGAACAUCUUGUUCCUGACCAACUAAUAGAAGAUUUAAAUUGUAAGGCCUCAUUGCUUCUAAUAGAUAAGGAGUAUAGACAAGAGGAUGUUGAACAGGCGAUUCAAAAGGCAAGGGAAAAAUACGGUAGAGGAGAACUAAGAGCUCACUUCAUUCACGAGUUUCUUGAAAGCAACAUGGUAACCACGCCUCGAAACAUCCAUGUAGUUGCAUCAUCACGACAGACUAAUAAUACAAUAGUAUCAAAUGGUCUCACAGAGCAUCAACAUCUUGCUGGUUCCCAAGAUUUUCACUCUGAUGCUCAUGAUACCGAGCAAGAUCGUCUUCUGGAAGAAAACCGGGAUCUGAAAGAUAGAAUUGCCUGCAAAAUAUGUAUGGACAAAGAUGCGUGUAUUGUCUUUAUUCCAUGUGGACAUAUGGUAUCUUGCAUAGAGUGUGCACAAAGACAACGCAUGUGUGCGGUCUGUAGAGCUGAAAUAAAAGAAACAGUACGGGCGUAUCCCGCCUAGAAACCAAAAUACUUAAAUUUGGACAUCUGAAACUACCCCGUUUUACAGUUACAAAAGGAAAAAUGGCAAACUAUAGAACUGAUGACAUUUUGCCGUGUAACUCAUAAUUUGUUUCAAGAAAUGCUUCUGUAUAUAAUUCAUACAAAAUAUUUUAAUUUUCAUGCGGAAAGCCUGAAAAUCUGAAAACAAAUUUAGAAAAAAAAUAUUAAAAAUUAUUUAUAAUCUGAA